CUAUGAGUAUACGGAGGUUGCGCGCAAAAAGUGGAAGCAUCGGCGCUGUAUCUAUGCUCACUAAGUAAAAGAUUAUUGAAGCAUCAUCAUGCAUGAAUAUAAGAUAGUGAUUUUAGGGCCUGGUGGUGUCGGUAAAAGUGCAUUGACUGUUCAGUAUGUUCAAGGGAUUUUUGUUGAAAAGUAUGAUCCAACAAUUGAAGAUUCUUAUCGCAAGCAAGUUCAAGUUGAUGGACAGCAUUGUAUGGUUGAAAUACUCGACACUGCUGGUACUAUGCAGUUUGAAGCUAUGAGAGAUAUAUACAUUAAGAAUGGGAAAGGUUUUGUAUUAGUCUACUCCGUCACUUCGAGACUGACAUUUAAUGAUCUGAAAGAGCAUAGGGAUCACGUUAUAAAAAUAAAGGACACUGAUAAUAUUCCAAUGCUUCUUGUUGGUAAUAAAUGUGAUUUGGAAAAUGAGAGAUGCAUCAGUAAAGAAGAGGGGCAGAGUCUGGCCAAGGAAUGGAAUAUCCCAUUUAUGGAAUCAUCAGCAAAAACUAUGCAUAAUGUUUCAAAUAUUUUUGAAAAUCUUGUUAGACAAAUCAAUGGUGAUCAGCAGCAUGUAUUAAGACUGGGAACAUGGUCUCAAACUGAAAAGAAAAGAUUUUGCUCAAUUUUAUGAUGGCAAAAUUUUUAUGCUGUAUAGAUCUAAAGAAUUCAAUAAUGCAAAUAUUACUUUAUUUUUUGCAAGCUAAUAGAAAUAAACAAAACGUA